UUUGAAUUUUUGGGAGAAGCAGCACAAAGAUAUCGUUGGAUAUAUUGAGUUUUUGAUAUUGGCUUACCUUGGCCUGAAGAGAGAGAAAGAGAGAAGAUUAGCAAAAACAAGAACUUUGUGGGGUCUAACAAUGAAAAUCAAACAAAUCCUCAAGGAAUACCUCCGCUUCAGGAAAAAUAGUAAUCCAAAUAAGAAAAAGUGCCCAGUCUUUAGAAGAAUGAGACAAAAAGGAUCGAAGACAACUCUGGAUAACCUCAUUUUAACCAACCAUAACUCUGAAAGUAACCUCUUCUCUUAAAAUUCAGAGACUAAUGAGCAGGACACCAUUAUACAUUUAGAUGAAAAGCCAAUGAAAUAACCCUCCAAACUGAAAUUAUUCCUAUUAAUCUGAAAUAAGAGUUUAUUAAUUAUAGAUUCAAAGUUCAAAAAGGAUAGUAAAGGGAAAGAAGAGUCAGGUAUAUCUGAACAAAACCAAAUAUAGUAUCUGAAGUAGCAGUAGAACAAGAGAGUGUCUCCAUCACUGUCAAGAGCAAGCGCAUUUCUAAGAUAGACAUGGUUCCAAACCUUUCUGAGUUGAGACAGAAGAAAGAAAAUAUAUGUCAAAAAUCGCAUGUUCAGAAAUUAAUUUAACUAAUGAGCACAAUAUGAUUUCAGAUCCUCAGAGAUACUGAGAUCCUGAGAAGAAGAGACUUGAUGCAAUAUUUGGAAAUAUAAUGAAGGAACACAUGGCCUUUACAAAGAUAGCCCAAGAUUGUGAAAAGUCGAAGCAGCAGAGAAUACGAACUAAAAUAAAGACGUUUAAUCCUAUUCAGAUGGAAAAGGAGAUGAUAAUCCUUCUUCCUUGAUACCUUCAGUGAACUACAAGCAGACUAUAACUUCUAUUUCAUGUAUUUAGGAUAAAAGAAAUCCCUGUAGAUGAUAGAAUACUUGAUGAGUUCAAGAUUGCUUCCAGCCAAAGAACAAAAGCAAGUAGAGGUCUUAAAAGAAAUGAUUUGAAUCAUAAAGUAGACCUUUCCGAGUUAAUUUUAAGUCAUCGUAGUAGCAGUAAUGCCCCUAAAACUACCAAGGGCAUGUCUAAGUCAAAUCUAAAUACCCCUAAGGCAGACUUUGGAGAGUCUGAAAAUCCCUUUAUCUUCAACAAAGAGAUUGUAACACCUGAGACUUUCGAGAAAACAGAGAUUUUGAAUGAUAUUGGCUUGAUAUAUGAAGUUCUAACAAAACAGAAGACUAGUUUAA